AUUUAGAAACGACUUCAUGCCUGUUUGCAAGUCAGAUCCCCGAAGCACACUGGUUCGAUCCUUUUAGCGCCUAAAAUUAUAUCAUCAUUUUCUCCCUUUUUUCCAUGCUUGAAUACCCACGUGCAAGAUGGAGAUUGGCCUCGACGAGCUGAUCGAGUCCCUCCUGACAGAAAUAGCCUUCUCUGGCGUUCGAGGAUGUUCGGUUUCUACAUUGUUGAAGACAAUAGAAGCUUUUUAUAGCGGUGCUCAGCAGACCAGUAAUUCUUCAGCAGAGCAUCGCGAUGAAGGACAGAAGCCAAGCGAUGCACCACGGAUCCACCAGGAUGCUCGCAGCUAUGAUCUUUCCAUGUGCUCAAAGGUCUGGGGGUGGCUAGUAUCAAGGGCAGACGUCUCUGUGGGCACUAACAGGCAAUUCAACCAUUGCAAGCUAGAGGAGAUCCUCGCUCUUCCGGAAGAGGAAGAGGACUUGUCGCCCGCAGAGGUGGUUGAAAUAUCCAAAAAUCAAACUUCGACUCCACUAAAUGAGCGCCAGCGCCCUUUAAAGAGCCACCGAAGGCCGGAGGGAAUUUCUUCGAAGUACAGACCUCGUCUUCAUGUUUCGGAUGAACGGCAAUGGAAGACGAUCGCUGGCCAUGGCCCAGACCUUAAACGGCUACCGUUAUUUGAAUGGAAAGCACUUGUUGAUAUUGCAUCUGUGAGGGAAAAAGGCAUUCUUCAAGGGGACUUGGUCCGACUGUCUGGUCAAGAUAAGAGAUCUCUCCCCACGCGCACCGAUGCUCUAGCAAAAAAGGGCUACAUUAUCAAACAGUCUAUUAUUCUUCGAGGAUGUCGCUCCAGUAAACUGUGGCUUGCUCGAUUUGCCGAUAACGCGAAAGAAAACCGUGACGGCCUCAAUCUUGAGAAGCUUGACUUAUCAAGGGAGACUUUAACCAAAGAUCUUCGCCCGGUUCCGUUUAGCGCUAGCUGGAACGGCGAGAGACUUGAUUAUAUAGCCAUUGCACAAGCAUUUAAUGCUGUCAUCAAAGCAUGGGGCAUUAUGAGAUACUGCGAUGUUCGAACUAAGUUGGAUGCUAAUCGCGUGCCACAAAUGAGAGCCCUGGCGAAGACGUCUCGGUGGUUUACCAGCAUAGGAGCAGUCACGUUUGUAGCAGCAAGAUUCGCGAACGGCCAGAAGCUCUUCAAAGACUGUGUCAAAUUCAUCAGAGAACCGACGGCUGAAGAGUGGAGAGUCUUCCGGACUACGCCGAGUGCUCAUAUUAAAGUCCCCUCGGCGCGACUAGGGAAAAGAGGGCAAGCGUCGCGAGCUCGAUAUAAUAAGGGGGUUAAGUUCAGUCCUCAUAGUCAAGUCAAAUCCAAGCAGUCAUCGAACCAAGAGCGCCAAAUCAAAUCGUCAGAUAAAGAACAAUUGGUACCAUCUUUGUGGACUCCAUAUAAGCCUAUGGUCAACACAACAUUCGAGAUAAUCAAGAGAGCUGGCUCUAAGGGAUCCUCGAAUCUCGAAAUCGGUCGCCAGACAUUGGGACAUGGUUACCGCAAGUACAUUGCCGCACUUACCGGGACGCUAUCGUUGCCCAAUUCUCAGCCCCCUCAUCUACAACACCUCAACGUCACCUCACAGCUUAACCGCAUAGGAAAGACCAUGACCUACCAAUUCUUCGCGGAUGGCGAAGCCGGUAAUUCUGUUGUCGGAAACAGCAAUAAGAACAAAUCUAAUGACCAAGAAGCAAAUUUGGCUGACCGUAUUGUAGAUGGGCAAACUUCGUCAUACGAUUCGAUGAUUUCGAGAGCUAGUUAUGUGUAUUCGCAGCCCCAAUCAUCCAAAUUGGCGUCAGAACCUGUUUCGCUCUCCCACCUUCACAAUACUCUACUAGCGCCAAAACCAAAGAAGGGUCGGAAGCGGAAGAGAAGUUCGAACGAGGAACCUACUAAAGAUACAAGCGGUGAUAUGCAAGAAUAUCCCAACAAAAUAUCCAGAACAGAGGAACCACCAUCGGGGAAUUUUCAGGGAGAUAAAGAGAUAACGAACGACAACCAGGGAGCAUAUCUAAACGUGAACGAGCCUAUUCCCGUACCUACUGCCAUCCCGCACCAGCCUGCCCUUGACAUAGGGUCACCAACUUCUCUUACACCGCUUCUACCGCCUCCGCCAAUUUCUCGACCACCUGGUGUAUAUCGUGAGCCCGACAACUCGUUAGAUCCCUCCGGGAAAAAGGGGCGACGAAAAAAAUCACUUGUCCUCACAUUGAAGUGCAAUUCACUCAAGCCUUUGUUGGAGCGUUUAUAUAAUAGCCAACCAGAAAACUCUGGUGAACAUUCUUCGUACCAACCUGAUCCCCUGCCUACAAAUCCGGCGCAAGGCCCACCGCAAGCUGAGAUUGAAGGCAACUCUACCUUAUUGGCAGAAUCGGAGCAAAAUCAGGCUAAGCAGAAACCGACAAAACGUGGCGGCAAGACGGUAUUUAGGUGUGAUAAGUGUGGUAAUAGUUGGAAGAAUCCGAACGGCUUGGACUAUCACCUUAACAAAUCCCGUACUGCUUGCAAUCCCGCUUACGUCCCAGCCCCGCUGCCACCUCCCAGGCAACUUGCGAAGCCAGAUCCAAUACCUAAGACAUCUAACGGCCAGGAGCAGGGCCAGGGCUUCGAUGACCUCCAAUUGCCAGACUUAGCUCGUAAACCAUCACAGCGCAACUCUGAUAUUGGAAGCGGUCGGCCCCUGCUACCUCCUAAGCGUAUUCGCCUUGGUGAGAAUCUCGUACCCAGUGAGGAUACUAGUGAUUCAGUUGCGCAAAGAUAUGCUGGAAGCUCUAUCGUGUUGAAAGAUGUAGAAGCUUAUGAUGUUAUCGAUCAUCGAAAACGAAGAGAGAAUAGCCAAGCAGCUUUGCCCAACCUUUACGGUACGGUUUCUCCAGCGCACCAGGCGAAUCAAAUGCUAUUCCAGGUUAUGCCUAAGGAACAACCUCAAGCUAGUGGGCCUGACAUCAGACGAGGACAAACCAGUACUACUGCACGGGAGAAUACUCAGAAACAAAAAAGCAACCUUGCCUUAGCACGCGAUCGCGACCGAAAAUCUAGAGCUGAGAACCCCGAGUCUUAUACUAAAGCCCAUCAAGCUCAUUCAGAGCAAACGGAAGCCAGUAACAGGGAGCCUGCGCCAUCUGAUUUCAGUCUACGACCUACUUCAUUAAAAUCGGUCACAUCUAUCGGCCACCAUAUAUCUGGAGCAGCUGUCCCGCCGACCGCCAUCAGCCAUCCUCUCAAUGACAAUGGGAGAAAUGAUAUUCCGGAUUCUGGGAUGGUUGACAGCCAGCUAAACAACGAAGCUACACGGCUAAACCAAUUAACUCCGAAAAAGUCCCGUAAGUCAUCUACACUUACUGUAGGCACGGUACGUAAAGAUCGAACAACCGGUAUCAUCCAGCAUCUUCUUGACAAGAACAACGGUGUCUUCCCGGGACAGCGAUCUUUGUACUUGGCUAUGGUAUCUCUCUGGGUCAAAAAGUAUAGUGAUAUUGAGCCCCCAGACUGGAAGGUAUGCCAGAAUGUAGUCAAUAAGAUGGAGAAAGCCGGUGUACUGGUACAGCAACGCUUCUUUUUUCUCGACGAUAAUGGCAAGCUUCAAGAAUGUUGCGUACUUGCUAAGAAGCAGCAAGGUGGGUCUACUAUCACAGAUCUGGCUGCUGACCCCAAAGUAGUCAUGAUCAAGGAGAAGAUGAGAGAAAUGCACCCGGAACCGUAUAUUCCAGAAGAGUUUUCGCUGUCGCAGGAUGAAAGCGAACUCUUCGAUGCGCUUGCAUCGAAAUAUAGAGAAUCCACGCCUUCUAACGGACCUCGAAAACAGGUUGGAAAGUCGAACGUGACCGAGGAUAUUGAGGUAUUACAAUACCCAGCUUAUGUUGUCAACGAUGCCUCUACACACAUAGCCGGCUUAAAGCGGCCCGCCGAAGAAGACGAAUUGUCGGAUGUGACACCCGCGAAGAAGAUUCGUGUGGAUACCAGUACCAUGGAUAAGCCCAGGAAAGCGCCCAGGCCGAGGAAACGAGGCGAACAACGUGAGUACUGGGCAACUGCGAAAGUCGCGAAAUAUAUUUGGAACCAAAAGCAGAACUCAGGUGGAAAAUGGGGCCAGAGACACGCCAAUCUUCAAAACUUUGCUACAGGAGCAUGGUCGGCUUUGCCCCAAGAGGCUACCUCCAUGCGACCUAGUAUUGAUAGAAUCCUAUCUUCACUUCGAACUUCCCGCGAAAACGCGUUAGUAUCAAUGCGACAUGUUUCCACCAGCGGGUCUAAUGGUACGGAGGGAACCCCAAAGAUAAAUAAUGCUAACUCACCUGGUGAACUUCUUUGGAGUCAUGAUUCGACAGUCGGUGAAAAUGUAGAAUAUUGUGAUGAAAUAGUGCCCGACGUAUCAGAAAAGGUCGAGAAAGGCCUGGUCGAUCGAUUUGUGAAACCUUCUAUUUCUACAUCAUUUGUACCUGAAGAUUCAGGGUCCGAGGAAGAAGAUGACGAUACGAUGUUAACCGAAGUACAUCAUGCAGAAAUUCCCGAAGAAAACUCAAGCCUUCCCUCUGAAGGGGUUGGCGCUACGUUCGCAAAGAGCAAACCGAUUCAGAAUACGCGGACUGGCUGCUGGCCCUGGCUACCGGUCAGCUUUUUCGAGUCGAACUUCACGAGCUUUGCAUUGGCCGGAGCUAUGCCAGAGGCUCGAUGGUUCCAACGAGCGAAUUUGCCACAGAAUUCCGGGGAUAUCAUCAAAUCUCUCCGGGGGAAGUUCCAAUUCAACUCUUGGGCAGACCCUUCCUACGGAAAAUUUCUACGAGAAGUGGGCAUCAUCGAGAAAUGGGAACAGUCAGCUGAAGGGUCCCAAAUUCUCUUGCACGGAUCGGUCGCACCAGAUUAUAUAUUCAUUUCCCUCUCAUCUGAAGAGUCAAGGGCAAACAUGAAGCCCAUUACCCUCGAGUGGCCUAGUAAAGGCCAGUAUACCGUGGAGAAUAUACCAGAAGAGAUCAAGAACGCACCUCCCGACGAUGAAAAUGCGGGCUUGUCAAUAAUCCAUCGCAACAGGGGUAGACCAAGAAGAGAACAUCCUGUCGAGUCACAGCCUAAAGAACAAGCUAAACCCAGCGCAAAGAAGCCUGGAAGGAAGGCACAAAUAGCUCCAGUACCCCAAGUAGAAGUUCAGUAUAAGACACGAUCACUCAGACCCAUACCUGUCCAGCACCGUGGCCGCGUGAGCAUACCACGCCCAAACGAGGAUAAUCUUGGCCUUAGUGGCGAAACAGAAGUCAUAGCCGCGUUCGUGGUAUUCAAAACACUCCUAGGUGGGGUCGAUAGGAAGGCAGACAUUGGCUCAAUAUUGAAAGCUUUCCCUAAAUUCUCUCACUCGGCACUAAGAAAAUUCUGGCCUAGAGUCAAUAGAGAACGGAAGACAUAUAUUGAUGCUUUGACGGAGAAGUUCCAAUCGGCAUUUUUAGAGGCUUACGAAGCGGGGGAAGUCGAACCACUUAAUUACGACGAUAUCGACUCCUACGAUUGGCAGUCUCUAAUCAUCUGGGCUACCAAAUUAGAGACACACGACAAGGUGGAACUUCCUGGAUCUCGACGCGAUCUAGAAGAGACCUAUUACCUUGAGGAUGUAGGCAACGAAGCUACAGAUUGGAGAGAGACGUGGUUUCAAAACUUAGCUUCUAUCUACUCGCGAGUUGAAGCAACGUCUGGAGAGCCUAUUUCGAUCCCCUUAAGUCACGAUGUUUCAGCCGAGGAAGAAAUCAUUGGCCGGGCGAGGUCGUGGGUUCGCUCUUUGUGUGUAACCCCGAUACGGGGUGCAAAGAUGCCCGAGGAGAUUCGUGCGAAGCUCUUAAGUCUAAGCGGUGGAAACGAAGCAGAAACAAAUAAGCUACUCAAGAAAGUAGUUGAUAAGCUUAUAGCAGAGAGGGUAGCGUCAAGAAGCAAAGGGAAGAUAUUGGGUCAGUCCUUACGACUGCACGGAGUCUUUGCAAAGCACCUUGAGAAACCGGCUACUGUCGAGAAAUUUGCACAAUCUGCCAACUUUAAAACACUACUAGAUGAGAGCUUUCGCAAAGGCGAGGGGUUUGCUGUCCCGUACGUUGCCGACGACGGGGCAAUCAUGGCGAUUUUCAACCUCCAAGCCCAAGGCCACGUCCGCGCAGAAGCCAUGGAUAUACCUAAUAUUCCCUUUGGGUUUGAGCCAGGUAAUUACGACGGCCGGACGUUCCCGAAAAGUUACUAUCACUUCAACGUAAUAUUGUCACCUACAGCGAGCUACGUAUUUAACGAAGAUCUCCCAGUUCUCCAACAAGUAGGGCAGGUUGGGGUACCCCAACAGGGACCUCUAAACGAGAUACCGAUCUGGGUGGAUUUCUUCGGAAAUCUCGACAAGACCCGCUGGAUUACAUAUCUCAGCAUGACAACUUUAGCGCUCGCAACCAAAGGCCCACUGACACCGCAGACGGCAAGCGUGCUGCUGAAGCCGUUCGUCGAGCCGUUCGAGGCCAAGUUAAUCAUGGAUUGGAUUGAUGGUUUAGGCAUCUUGGAGCGCUACCACUCAGGACAGAGCGCCACAGUGGGGGAGUGGUGGUGGUUGGUCGUGGGCCGACUAGCACUUGAUGUGAUGGGAAGAGGUGUUUCUCAAGGUUAGGAUUGUUAAGGCGAGUAAUUCAUUGUAAAUUAUACCGGCACAAAUUCAUUGCAUGGCAUGGGACGGCGGUAUAUUAGGGCGUUUAAUAAGGGAGAUAUCCUUUAGUUUAUUGCGAAGCAUUGCCGGACUUUUCUUGUUAGGAUCUUCUUGGCAGCGUCGCACAGUAAUGGUCAAGUUUAUAAUUUUGUUUAAUUAAGUAAGGAAAGGCGAAAUGAGACAGCGGUAGUGCACCCGUAGACUGGAAUACGUGUUAUCUUAACCUAGUACAUUUAUAUCUCUAGUCUUGAGCUAUAGGGAGCCACGUUGGUAGUAGGACAAUACAUGUUGUAGUUGCAGGUCGUAGGCUUUUGAGAUGACGGCUCGUGUAAACGGCGAUUCGAUCCCGUCUAGCG